AUGGCUCAUGGAAAUCAAUUCCCUUUUCCUUCUUCCAGCUCUGGCUAUACCUUUUACGAUGAACAACGUUUAAAUGCUGCUUUCAAUCAGACAAGUUCCCAGAUGCAGAGUCUACCUCCAUUUUCAAAUGUUAUGCAUGCAUACACAAAUUCACUUCCGAGCACUUUGUUGGCCGCAAAUGUCCACCCGACCAGAGAAUCAGAUCUUCAGUACUCACCAUUUUCUUUGACCCAAUCUUUGGCUGCCAAGUAUGGGAACUCUGUCUCCUCAAUUGAUGCUUCAGCAAUCUCUAUGUCCGAGGCUUUGAAGACUGCUGGUUUACAGUCGAGCCAGCCUGCUGCUCCACAGACGCUUUCUGGAAACAAUAUUGCCACUGGACCCCCACUCCCCCAACAACUUGCGGCCGUACAUCCGUUUUCGCAGCCCACUCUAACUUUGGGACCGUUUGCCAACAUGAUUGGCUACCCUUUCUUGCCCCAGAGUUACACGUACAUGCCUUCUGCCUUUCAGCAGUCUUUUGCAGGCAGCAGUAACUACCAUCAGUCACUGGCGGCAAUGCUUCCUCAGUUCAAGAGCAGUGCAUCUGUUAGUAGCUUGCCGCCUCAGUCUGCAGCUGUUCCCUCUGGAUACAGUGGUUUCGGAAAUAGCUCGACCAUUCCCGGGAAUUACUCGAUGAAUCCUGCUGCUGGUGGUGGUGCCCCAUCUGGAACAAGCUUGAGUUAUGAUGAUGUUUUGAGUUCUCAGUACAAAGAUAGUAGUCACUUGCUCUCCCUUCAACAGAAUGAAAACUCGGGAAUGUGGCUUCAUGGAAAUUCAAGAACUAUGCCAGCUGUCCCGGCUAGCACGUACUACAAUUACCAGACACAAAAUCAGCAGCCCGGUGGAUUCAGGCAAGUCCAGCAGCAGUCUCAGAAUUAUGGGUCUGCCCCUGGUUACCCGAAUUUCUACCACUCUCAGGCUGGGAUUUCUCUCGAACAGCAGCAGCAGCAGCAGCAAAACCCUAGGGAUGGAUCACUCGGAGGCUCUCAGGGGCAUCCUAAACAAUCCCAGAUUUGGCCUAACAAUUACUGA